GGAAGGUAACUUUUGAAAAGGUUUUGUUGUUGGUCUUUAGUUAUGAAUUGUUGUUUUCUAUUCAACCCUUUGAAACAAAUGGAAUCUUCCAAAGCGGACUUGACCCCGAGUGUCACUGAAUAUUUGGAAAAGGAGAAGAUAUGCCAGGAAAUCUGCAAGACGAUCACACAAAGUGUCGAAAGCACAAGCAAUGCCAACUUUGCAAUGCAGACUUCAGCACUUUUACCUGAGCUGAAUUCAGAUGAUGACAUCGAAGGGAUACUUCAGCAAAUUUCAGCGAUUUUAGGAUCUCAGUACGGCGAGAAUUCAAAUUGCACUGAGUUUGAUGGUAAUGAUAGUCUCAGUGUAGAAGAGAUCCUUAAGGAGGCAGAAAAUUUAGUUCGCGCAAGCACGCCAUUUUUUGAGAGAAAUGUAAAUCAAGAUAAUUCAAUUUCUCAAAGAAAUGGUUAUCCCAGCAAGCCUCCCAACCUCAGAUUGUGCCAGGACCAAGGGCCGAUAUUUACAAAAGAAGAUAUUCCGGUCAAGCAGGACAAAGAGGUCUCAUCGCCCGAGUCUCAAUUGGAAGAUAACAAAACACUCGAUGGAACUGAAGUGGGAUCCGAGAUUGAAGAUGUCGAAGAAAUUGAUGACAUAGAUGAGGAUAAAACCCCAAUCAAUGAAAAUCAAUUUAAUAUAUCCUUGGAAGAUAACGAACUUGAUGAAAAUAAAGUAAAGAUUAUCACAGAUGAAGAGAUAAGGACAGAAACUUCAAGGAAAAAUUCAGGGGUAGAACUCAAACUAACAGAUCUUCAAGCUCCUCCAGAUUCAACUUUUGUUCUCAAAAUGGAAAGUCAUUCACAAGAGCAUGUCAACGAUGCCAUAGAAGAAAAUCAAGAUAGAGCUCCUCCUCCAAUCGAAGAUAGUGUUUUAGAGUUGAAAAGACACAUUGAAAUGUUAAAUGCAAAAGUAGCAUUAUAUGAAAAGAACGAUAUAAAAACUCAAAAAAUUGAAUCAUUGAGUUCAAUUGAAAGGCAGCGUCUUAAAUUAUUACAAGAUGAAGUCAGAAGCCAAGAGGAACUUAUUGAAGGAUACCAAAGAGAAAAUCAGCGAUUGACCAAUGAUAUCAUCUCUGCAAAGGAUGCUUGGAAGGACACGGAGGAAAAACUGUUGGGAAAAGUAAAAAAGCUCGACCUGCAGUUGCGACACAACGUAAACCAAAGGAAAACUGAGACUGAUGAUCUAAGGCUGAAACUUAAAAACGCCUACGAUUUAAUUAGAAAACUUGAGUGCGAAGUGAAUAAAGCGCAGGAAGAAAAAAGUUCUCUCAAUAACCUCAAUGAGGAACUCACUCUAAACAUCACAAGAUUGAAUAGUGAAAUAGAAGAGUACAAAAAAGAAAUUCAGCUAUGGAACAGAACUGAAAAUGAAAAGUUAGCCGUAAUGGAAAACAACGCACUAAUUCAAUCCAAACUGUCGCAAGCCAAUACUGAAGUUACAAGAAAACAAACAGAAAUAAUUCGCCUUAACGGUGAGAUUGGUAGGCUGAGAGGUGAACUGGAAAAAAUAAGAUUAGGAAGUGUGGUCAAUCAAAAUUCUGAUUCUUCAAAUACGAUAACACAGCUUCAGGCUGCUUUGGCAAUGGAGAGGGAAAAUUGUAGGGACAUUACUCUGGAAAGAGAUAAUCUAAGUAAAGAAAUGCUGGAGAUGCAGAGUCGAAUUAAAGAAAUGGAAUCCUUAAUGAGUAAAAAACCCAAACCUGGAAUCUGUCUUCCUUUAUCUGAAUCAUCCAGUAAUUCUGCAUUCAUUUCAUUACACAGAAAGAAUAAGGCAGAACAAGAGAUUUCUGAUUUCAGAGAACAACUUUCUAUCAGUAAAAAAAAUCUGAAAGAUCUACAAGUUAAGUAUGACCGUGAUGUAUACGAAUUAGAACAACAGUUGAAGCGGACACAAAGAGAAAACACAUCUCUUAAGCAUCUAGUAGAAGAUCAAAAUACGAAACCUGAUAGGAAACGGCUAGCAUCAAUCAACAGUGCCAAGGAAGACGCCCACCUUUUAGCCACUAUAAGAGGACUCAAAUUAGAAUUAAACGGAAGGGAAAAAGAUAUUAUGAGAUUAAAUAAAGAGUUGGACGAUGCCAAAAAAACCAAUAAAAGACUUCAAAAGGAAAGGGAAAAAGCUCUAAAUCCGCUGACAAAAUUAAGAAGCGCGCCAUAUCUUAAAGACAUAGAAAAACCUAGUUCUCGAGCAAGUUCUGAUGUUUCUACCACAAAAGAAUACAAUCCUGUUUUAUUUGAAGAAAACCAAGAAACUCUAGCGUUUUUGAGAAAUGAGAAUAGAAGUCUUAAGGAAGAAAUUAAAAGGUUGGAACAGGAUCUGAUUAGCCUUCAUAACAAACGAAUUCAAGACCUGAGUGACCUUCAGGAACAGCAUGAAGUGGAAAUAGCUCGAUUGGUACGAGAACAUGCUACAAAACAUUCAGCGUCAACAGUUGCUCAUUUACAAAGUCAAUUAUAUACACAACAAAUGGUUAUCCACCACUUAAAAGAUCAAGUUAAACAAAUGGAAGAUCAGAGGAAUGAAGUUGCAAUGCUAAAAUCAGAAAGAGACCAUUUGGAGACCACUCUUUUGGAAGCGAAUAAAAAAAUAGCUAGACUCCAUGAUUUAGCCUCACCAGAAAACGUCCAGUAUUCGGGUUUAUUGGAAAAACUCGAGUUUUUGGAGAGGAGGCAUGAAGUGAGGGAGCAAAAGUUACAAGCGAUCGUCCGCGAUCUCGUCGCAAAGCAAGGCCAGGCAAUUACCUGUGGAGCAAACUGUCGUGACAAGUUGCACAAUAAAAAUAGAGAAAUCUGUUAUUACCGAGCAGAAAUGGAUAAAAUUCUUGCUACCCUUGCAGAAUUCAGGUGGACUCAAUAACUGUCAAAAAUGACGUAUUAACCAAUUAUGACUGUUUCUUCCUAGCACAAAAAGAUAGCACUGGCAUAUUUUACGUUUAUCAUAGAGAAUAACGACCAUAGAAGUUUUAUUCAAGUGUCAAACUCAUGCCUAGUUUAGUGCUAGAUCAUAAUUUAGUUUGUUAGAUAUUUUAAUGUAGUGCUAUACUAGCGCUGCAGUGGCAACAUUACUUGCAGCUUAUUUUACCAAUAAAAGUUAUGAAUAAUGUGACAGUUAUUAAUUUACAUUUGGCUAGUCAAUUAGCAUAAGUUGUAAUUAAAUGAAUCUCUAUAAUUUGUUUGUUAUUAUACAUUAUUAAUUUAUUAAUGGUCAAAUUUUCAAUGCCAAAAAAUAAUUGAUAAGAUCUGUUUGUUUAAGAAUAGAUUACCUUUUAAAGUGAAUCUCAAAUGUUAUUUUCAUACAGUGUAUUUUAUAAUACAAUUAUGCAUUUAAUACUAAUAAAAUUUAUCUCAAGAAGCA